AUGUCUUCAACGCCAUUACCCGAGGAGAGACUCUUAAUUCAAAACCCGCUCAAGGCAUUUCCAAACAACAAUGCGGGCAAAACUUUCAAAAAAACUGAAAAGGAAAGGCGGAAUGCUUUGAAUCCCGGAUCCAUUCGUGAAGGGGAAACUCCCGGUAGAUAUUUUGAGAUCCGAGAAGAUAUGACCGGGGAGGGUAUUAGAGGCGAAAAUGACGAUGAUUGGGAGGGGCAGGGGGAAGAAGGGGACGAAGAGGAGCACAAUUGUCCCUCCGUCCAAGGUCUUCAGGGGGCGGGGACUGCAGGAGCGGGGUGUCGGAGUCCAAUUGUUGAGGUACAGCUCCCGCCCACACCUGCAGGACAGCGACGUCAUCACGGUGCUGGAUCCGCUGCAGAUGAUAGAAAUCGAAAAAGAGUUCUGGGCAGCAAUUAUUCGCCAAUGAGAACCGAGGACAACCACCGUCUUAGAAUCAACACAACUGAUAGCCGCCCAUACUUGCAGGACACAAGGAUUACCGAAGGUAUGACCGGGAUCCAAAAAGACAACUUCAGUUCCUCUGGAGACUCGGACUGUCAGUCAAUUAAGUUGACAAUGGACGAAACUAAAGAUAUUUCAAAAGAUAAACAGGAAUUGAAACUUCAGCAAUUCCACAUUCAGGAAUCAGACGUGGGUUUCAAAGAAUCAAAACUAAACCAUAUGCGAUGCUGUUCUAAAAGAUGCCCGUUGCGUGUAUAUCUUACAGUAGCUUUUAUUAUUCUUCUGUUUGUGGUUAUAAUUUCACUGUCAAUUACCCUGACGUUUACAUUAUUAAACAAUAGUAAAGAUAAUGUUCAUGGCUCCACAUCGGGUUCUGAAUACGGAAGCGCCGACAACUCGGAACCUUCAGACUACGAUUAUAACGACUACUCAGAUUAUUACGAAUACGGAACACCAGAAGAUCCGAGCUUAGCUGGUGCCGAUAAACAAACAGAACCCGAAGACGUGGGUCCGAGUGACGAGAUCUUUUCAAACCCCGGCAUCGUCUACCGGGUGGAUCCGAGGUACUUCCACGACAGUGAUGGUGACGGACAUGGGGACCUUAUCGGUGUGACUCAGUUUAUGGCCUAUUUCAAGUUCAUGAAAGUGAAGACAGUGUUGCUGUACCCUCUGUUACAAAGUGGAGACGAGUGGGGCAAUGAAGUGACCGACUUCUACUCCCUCUCCCUCUCUCCCCCCUCCCUCGGCUCCCUUCUCCAUCUGAUGGAACUAAUCAAACAGGCACACUCACAUCACAUCAAAGUGGCCAUCGCAUUCAAUCCCAAUCAGGUGAGUACCCGACACUCGUGGUUCCAGCAGGCAUCCAAUCACAUUCUGUCUCAAGGGAGAGAGGGGGGUUCAGGCUAUGUGGACUACUUUGUAUGGAGUGAAUGCGAGGUGGGGAAGGGGGGACCAUUCAAGUAUCCCAAUAACUGGGUCAACGCAGCAGGAAGAUCUGUGUGGCACCCUCUAAUGGCAACAGGCACAGUAGUUAAUUCAGAUAGCACAAUUAAACCCGACCUCUGUUAUUAUUCUCAAAACGGACCAUAUACUGCCGAGUUAAACUACACAAACCCCACAAUUAGGGAGAAUUUAAGACAGGUUCUCAAAUAUUGGACCAAUAUCGGGAUAUCCCAGUUCUUACUGAAUGACGCCGAGUAUUUAAUCGAGACUAGUUUGGACCAAAACGAGAUCCAAAACGGCUUCACAGAACCCGACGAUUACUUGCCGUGCAACGGACGGUACAGCUACUGUAGAGUGCCUCACUUUUACAGUCGUGACACCCCGCCGACGAUACAGUUCCUCCAGGACCUUAGACUGUUCUUGGAACCCUUCGGAGGCUCUAUAAUUCUAAGACUCGACCACAUGAAUUUCAAGUCAAAAGCGGCCUCAAAGAAGUACCUGGAAUUGUAUGUCAAUCAAACUCAUCAGGCGGCUGAUUACGUAAUACUGUCGCCAUUUGCAAGCAUUUAUCCUCAGUUUGAGAAAUACCACGGUGCAAUUGAGCUGACGUCACAGGUGCAGUCGGGGUCGAGCAGGGUGAUUCUGUGGGAGACGACAGACCUCAGUCGGAAUGUGGCCAGAGUACAUUCUAGGUUACAGUCGCCUCUAAGCAUGCAGCUGGUGGCCUUGUCUUAUCUGUUGCCUGGCUCUCCUGUCAUGCUAUACGGGGACGAAAUAGGGAUGCAGGGUGAGCUAUUGCAGAGUUUUCCAGCUCGCCUAAAAGACUUCUUCUCAAAAAACGAAGCUCAAAGAAAUUCUUCAAAUCUACCGCUUCAGACCAGUGCUGGAUUCGAUCUCCCUCUCUUUGCCAAAAUCACUCAGAGCUUGCAAUUCACAAGAGAGAACUACAUCUACAGGCAAAGAAGCGAAAAACGGGGAGUACCGAUUUAUUUUCACAAACUUGAAAACUUGGUUCUAGAAUUGGCGGUCGAAUUGCAAUCUAGCUCAAACUAUCUCGGAAUUGCGGUCAAUUUUGGCUACCAAAGCGAGACUCUUGGUUUCCAUCUGGGAAAGGGUUUUGCCGGACGCCAUUGGAAUUUAGAAUACACAAUAUGGUCAACAGCCGCGCAGAGAAAAUCAGACGAGAUUCUAAGAAAAAGCCAACAGAGCCAGCAACUUGAAUUGGAAAUUGGCGAAGUCAAAAUAGUUCUGCUUUCGAUAUCAAAUUAAACAUAAUUCUGAGAAUUGAAAAAGAGCACACAAAUGACGCAGGAUUCUGAUUUACAGCAUUUAGAUUUUAAACUUGAUUAUUUUUUACUACAUAAAUUUGAAAUGAGAAAUGCAAAUUUUGUAAGGCGAAUUAUUUAGUAAAAUUGAAGGA